CCGCAACUUUAUAAGGCGCUGUUCUCAUUGCUCUGCUAACCUGAAAGUAAGCUAAUUUAUCUUGGUCAAACGUUUAUCAAGUAGACGGUUAUUUUAAUGGCUCUUGGUUGUCAAAAUGGACGUUGUUCUUAAUUGAUUUUUUGCAUUAAAGGAAUAUUAUGGGUUCAGUACAAGUUAAGCUCAAUCGACAGCAUAUGUGUCAUAAUGUUGAUUACAUCAAAUAAUGUGGAUUUGGCCCUCCUUUAAAAAAAUAAAAUAAAAAAAAUCUGGAUUACAGUGUAUCCGUAAACGUUAAAAUAAUCACUAUUUCAGAAGUAUAGCCACAAAACUUAAACAAAAUGCGUGUUAACCUGAUUUUAGUGCACAAAAUCGCUCACUAUUUUACUAUAACCGCUUAUCGUUGCAAUGAUGAUGCAACACCAUAAGCCCUAAAACGACCGUAAACAACGAUUUAAACAACUUUGCGGCUAAAAUAAUGCACGAGUAUUAUUAACGGAAGACUUAAUAUAAGUGAUUUUAAAUAAUUAUAAGCUUCACAUUUCUGCCUUUAACCCUCCAACUGAAAACCAUUCAAAAAUGCACAAACUCUUUAUUAAUGUACAAUGGCACUAAAGGACCAACCUUAACAAAUUCUGUUUUAUUGUUUUAUGAUGGGGUGGAAAAAUAUGUAUACCUACUGAAUAAUAAUGGAAAACACAAUGUUUAAAGAUUCUUCUAAAAAUAAAAAUGUGCAACCACAUGAUCAUCUUCCCCACUUGCCCAGUUACUGGCUACAACAAAGAACACACAUUCCUCAAUAUUCCCAUCAAGCACAAUUAAAGGGAAAGUUCACCCAAAAUGAAAUUUCACUCAUCAUUUACUCACCCUCAUGCCAUCCCAGAUGAGCAGGACUUUCUUUUUUCAGAAGAACACAUACGAACAUUUUUUUGGAAAAUAUAGCCUUCCAAGUGGGGGUAUUCCUCAUUUCACGGUAGCCGGUGCGCAAGAGUCAUUCACUAUAGAAACUGCAGUCUCCUCCGCCAUUUUGAACAGUACGUCCUCUCCAAUGUGGAAACUCCGGUAAGAGGGAAGCAGAGAGAAAGUCAGAGAGAGCCAACCGGUAUGUCUCCACCAUUCUGAAUUGGUGUUUGUGUGUGUGUGACAGAACUCCGACUGAAGAAAGACCUCAAGCACAACAUUCGGAUAAGGAGAAAUCUUGGAAGUGUGGGCCAAGUUCACAAAAGCAGCCAUGCUGAAUGGGGCUCAGUUUGUUGAGGCAUUGUCGCGAUUGGGUUACCCACGGGCAUCCUUUUUGAAAGGUUCAGAGUUUGACUGGUUAUUUGACACAGCACCUGACAACCUGCACCUUUUACGGGUCGUCUGCAACAGACUAAACCACAACAAUGUUCUAGCACCAGAGGAAGUACAGGCAUACAAGGCCGUCAGAGAGUCCGGGAAGCCCAUCUUGGAUGAGUUGACACUGGGUAAAUUUCUUAAGACCUGUUUACCCCUGGAUGGAGCCGUAGGGCCACAGGGAUCUUCUGUGAUGGGUGGAGAGGAAGAUGUAUCAAUUGAGGAUCUUGAAACAGAACUUCAGGUUCUCCACAAGGAGAAGCUACUGAAACAAUGCAGACUCAACAAGCUGCAGAUGCUGGCCACAAGCUGGGGGGCAAAAUCCUCCACAUCCCAAGCACUACUGCAAGGAGGAAGCAUUAUGGUAAAGGAUGUCAACUCUGCCUUGGCAGCCGAAAACGCAUGCACUAAUUCUGCAGUAGAGAACCUGUCCAAGGAGGCCACCAAACUAGCAGGCUUUUUCCACAGCAACAUUCAUUCCCUGAGGAGUAAAGAUGGAGCUGCUCCACUUUCAGUUGCUCAGUCGGGCACCCCAGUGCUCCUCUCUCAGUUGUCUCUAGAGCCCUUCCUCCAGCAGCAGGAGCAAUUCACCAAAGUGUUAACUGCCUACACCCAGCGUCAGUUCUUUCAGGGCAUUUCAUAUGUGAUGGAGAUGUCCACAUCCAAAUGGUGCCAACUCACCAAUCUGAGCUGCUGCAGUGAGAGUGAAGAAGGAGAUGAGGGAAUAGUAGAGCACAGGAAGAAGGAAAUGGCACAACUGCAGUUGGCGUACAUAGUGGCACAGUACCAGCUGGUGAAAGAGAGGGCAGAGGAGAAUGGAGACAAGGCAGUAAAAGAGUGGCUUACCCAGCAACUAAACAGCAGCACAGAGCCUCUGUGCUACUCACUGGCAAGCAGGCUUGAGCCUGACCUGCGCUCCGAGUUCCUCUCCAUUCAGUCUGAAAUUCAGUCUCUAAUGUUAGGACCAGUCCGCUCUGCAUUACGAGACAUUGCCCGCCUCCUUAAUAUUCCUGUGGUGCGUGGUGACCUUGCACUUCAGGUAGCCAGGCAAAAUGAUUACACGUCCAGACAGACCGAAGUUCGUGACCAGCUUCUCCGUCAGAAGGCUUCCUUUGAAGUUGUGUGCCUGGCCCAGGUUUCAGAGCUUCUUAUGGGAAAGAGAGUGAUGGAGCAGCUUAGUGACAUAGUGCAGAGGCUGAAGGGGGCAGCAGAAGCUGCUGCUCAGAUAGAAAAUACACUGACUCAGUCUCAUUUGACUCAAGUCCCUUACCUUGGACCUAAUGCCAAACAAAAGGUCAUCAGCUCCAAGGACACAGCCUUUAGCAGGCUGCUGCAAAUUCUUGAAUUUGGUAUGGCUUCUGUAGAACCAGAGGAUCCAUUCCAAACAUAUGGUAGGCUGGAAGUAGCUGCCUUUAACCUACAGGGGGAGCUAAUCACUGUACAAGAGGCACUGGAUGGGGCCAGACGAGAGCAGGCCUACACUGGAGCUCGAUUAGAAAAUGACCGAGAUGUACUUGACCAAGUGGCAUACUCCGAUAUUGUGCAGCCUCUUCUGAGGCCGCAGGUAUGUGCUACAGCCACAUCUGCACUGGAGCUCUUCCCUCAUGCACAGGAGCUCACAAUAGUUCUUGAUGAUUUGGAGGUCAAGCAGAAGACUCUGUACAAGCUUCUUCAGGACAUAGUUGAUGACUUGAAGGCCAAACGAGCCAAGCUUGAACGCAGUGCCACUUUAAGGAGAGAAAGGGAACUGUAUAUCUACUUCCAGCUAGAUCCCAGACUGCUCACCAAAGCAGUGAGAGAUAUGGAGGCUAGAGUGGCGGUUAUGUAGGAUAAGAAUUUAGGAUCUACUUUGAUUUAGAUUCACCUUGUUUUCGUCAGCACAAAUGUACUGAAGUCCAUGCUGCAAAAGACAUAGUUGACUUUUAUGGACCAAUAUUGCUUCUAUGCUGUGCUUCUUAGAGCUGUUAUACUCAUGUAUUCGUUCUUUUUCCUGCAAAAAGAUGUUCUUUAAGACAAACUUUACACUAAUUAUCAUCAGAUUGACAUUCAUUUGUUUCUGUAACUUAACAAAUGUGUCAAACAUUGUUACUUAAAUAGUUUUUUGUUGAUUAACGGUUCUUGUAAGUUUGUG